CGCGUCGCGCCGCCCGAUGAACUCUCCACGCGAUCCAUUCAACCGCAGCAGAGCAACCUUCAAAACACCCUCCGCCUUUGGCAUCCUCCAGAACGUCGCGAACAGGACCGCCUUGCAAGCCGUAGAGUCCAGCAGGCAGGCAGUCGAGGCCACAAAACGAGCAAUCCAGGACUCAGACAUGUCCUUCGCUAUCCCGCGCAACGUACCCAAUUUCGAGAGCGCGCAACGCAAGUUUGAGGAUAAUGUUUGGAAUAAGCUGCCAGGGAAUGAAAAGGGCUUGCCAAUGUACAAAGACAAGCCUUCGGGAAAAGUCUACGGAUAUGGCGCUGGGAGGGGAGGGUGGGGUUUCAUGAGGGGCAAGAGGGGAAUGGCGUUGAUUGCCUUGGUGGUACUGGGACUCUUCUACUGGUUCGGAUGGUCGAGUGGAGAUGCUGUACAAGACGAGAAAGACACAGGAAAGAGCCUAGCGUCGAAGCUUGGUGGAAGCGCUACAGGGAAAAAGGGCAAAGUAGACUGGGAGAAGCGGAGACAAGCAGUAAAGGAUGCCUUUUUGCUGAGUUGGAACGCAUACGAGGAGCAUGGCUGGGGCUACGACGAGUACCGACCGGUGUCAAAGAAAGGACGAUACAUGGCUGAGCCCAACGGUCUUGGUUGGAUCAUUGUAGAUGCGCUCGACACGCUCAUGAUCAUGAACCUGACCAAGGAAUACAACCACGCCCGCGAAUGGAUAUCCACCACUCUGGAUUACGACAAGAAGCAGGAUGUCAACACGUUCGAAACUACAAUUCGUAUGCUUGGCGGUCUACUCUCGGCACAUUACCUACAAGACACACUCCCUGGGAUGAAGCCCACAAAUGCAAAUGAGGAGGAUCUCUUUUUGGAGAAGGCCGUGGAUCUUGCUGACCGUCUCAUGGGCGCAUACGAAUCACCUUCAGGCGUACCUUGGGCCAGUGUCAUUCUCGCUACCUCCAAGGGCGAAGCCUCGCACGCCGACGGCGGUGCCUCUUCCACUGCUGAAGCGACUACGCUCCAACUUGAAAUGAAAUACCUCUCAUCCAUCACGGGCGAAUUUAACUACUGGAAAGCAGCAGAGAAGGUCAUGCAAGUCGUCGACAACCUCGGUGCCAAAGACGGUCUUCUGCCCAUCUUCAUCUACGCAGACAGGGGCACUUUCCGCGGAAACGAGAUUCGAUGGGGCAGCCGUGGAGACAGCUACUACGAAUAUCUUCCAAAGCAAUACCUCCAGACGCAGAAACAAGAGCCCGUGUACAUGGAAAUGUGGAAGGAGUCACUGAAUGGCGCAAAAAAGCAUCUUCUUACCUACACAAAACACAGCCACUUCACCGUCCUAGCGGAGCGACCAAACGGCAUCGAGGGGCAUCUGCACCCCAAGAUGGACCAUCUCGUAUGCUUCCUCCCCGGCACCAUUGCUCUAGCAGUCACGGGCGGCGCGACUCUCGCCGAAGCACGCAAGCAGCCCUCAUGGGGCAAAGAGCAAGAAGAAGACAUUACCCUCGCACGCGAACUCACAAAAACCUGCAUGGGCAUGUACAAAGUAACCGCGACAGGCCUCGCGCCUGAAAUCGCGCAUUUCACCCUCGACGAUCCCCCCAAGAUGUACCGCACCGAGAUCCUCGCCUCCAAAUCCGACCUCGACACCAGCGUCCCGGACGGCGAGGACUGGAAAGCCGAUUUCCAGAUCAAGCCUGCCGACUCGCAUAACUUGCAGCGCCCGGAAACCGUCGAGUCGCUGCUGUACAUGUGGCGCAUCACGGGCGACAACGUGUACCGCGAGUGGGGCUGGGAAAUGUUCCAGUCGUUUGUCGAGCACACGGCUGUGCCGGAAAACGGCGGCUUCUCCAGCAUCGGCGAUGUCACCAAGAUUCCGCCUCCGACGAGGGAUAACAUGGAGAGUUUUUGGUUGGCAGAGACACUCAAAUACAUGUAUCUCCUCUUUUCCCCAGACGACCUCCUCCCGCUGGAUCAAAUCGUCUUCAACACCGAGGCGCAUCCCUUUCCGCGAUUUGACCCCAGUAAGAAGCGGUUCAAGACGGGCUGGGAGCGCAUACCGAGAGAUGAAAAGGGCAAUCUUAUAGCCAGAAAGGAGGACGAAGAGAAGAAGAAGUCGUAAGCAUCAAGAUGGGCCAGGGGAGGAGCGAGGGUUGAGUUCAUUUGCAUAAGUGGGCGUUUCUUCUGAUUCUUCUGAUUCUUUGAUGCAUUUGCAGAUGUUGACUUUGCACUGACUUUUCUGAGACCCA